UUAAUGCUUGUUUGGCAGCUAUCAAUAGGCACAUUGUUGAGAAAAGUUUAUUCAAUAAUCUUGAUCUUUAUCAUAACAAUAGACAUACAUAUAAAAGAUUAUGGCAAAUUGUUGAUGGCAAACUUCGAUACCUUGAUGAACUUGGACUUGGUGAAAAAAAAGGUGCUGAUUCAUUAACUGACAAAGAGAUCAAUAUAAUAUUGUCACAUUCAUGUACAUCACCAACAAAUGGAUAUGGCUUAAUCAACAGAGUUUUUUUUCGAAACUGCGUUUUACUAGGUUUAAGA